AUGAAGCAGUUUGCCAUCCAAAACGUCGUCGUUCCAUCCCACGAUGAGAUUAGCGUGGUUUGCCCCAAGCCCCGCCGCCUCGGCCUCUUCAACUUCCCAGUCAACGAUCACCCGGUUAGACCCUUCCGAUGGCAUCUCAGUUGCCAGGUUGAGCCAUGUGAUUCAAACUCGUCUGGUUCAAAUCCUUUGGAUAACAUACUCACCAAGGAAGGUGAUUUUGAUGUAGAACAAUCAUGGCCAGUGGCAGCCUCGUCGCCCCCAUUUUUCUGCGGGUCGCCACCGAGCAGAGCAGCUAACCCUUUGAUUCAGGAUGCUCGUUUUGGGGAUGAGAAUUUUUCCCCACUUUCACCACAGUCGUGGGUGGUGGUUCCUGCUGCAUCAGGUCUGCCACCGUCUCCCUCUUCUUCUGCAAGGAAGGGAGGGUGUGUUAGAGCCAAUUUUGGUAAUAAUCCUGCUGUGAGAAUUGAGGGGUUUGAUUGCCUUGACAGGGACAGGCGAAAUUGCAGCAUUCCUGCCCUUGCAUAG